AUGAAGUUCGCUACGACCUGCUCCUAUGCCGUAACCCUCCUCGUCGGACUGGUUACCGCUUCUCCGCUUGCCGACUCGUCCCUUGCCGGACGAGGCAUGAUGCUCGCUUCCGAUUUCAAGGAUGAACGAGUGCAGCUUGUCAGCUGCCUCGAGCAUUUCUGCCAGGCCGCCGACGGGCUACCGGCACACUCGGCCUGGGCCACCUCGCAGGUGGACCGGAUCAAGAGCAAAGCGGACCUCGACCAGGCCUUGAAGGAGUGCAAGCGUGGCUGUGUCCGGGGCAUCCUGAGCGACGUUGAGAAGAGUCAGUAG